AUGGAUGACCUGCUCUAUCGUUGUUUCCUGGCUGGUUUGAAGUUUAGAUUAGAGAAAGUUCCGAUUGAUGUAGGACAGUUUUACGCACAAUGUUUGCUAGCUUGUGUACCCAAAACAAGGAGAUUAGAUAUGAGGAAAACAAAAUACAAGAAGUUUACGGUUUUUCUCGAGGAGGUGAAUAAAAGUGAAGAUGGUCCAAUUGUGCAAAUCAAAAAAGUUGGAAAAGGAGCGGAUAUGAUAGAAGAGGUCAACAAGAGCCAUCCUGCAUUGCGAUCCUUUACCGUAACUGACGAAAUCAUCAAAGAUGAAGUGGAAGAAUCGGUGAGAUGUGGGCCAAAGAUUCAUGAAUAUUAUUCUGUAACAGAUGCAGUUUUGCCCGUGCUUCGAAGUCGAGGCAAUUUCUCUAAAGGCCAGUUAUUAGAAAGCACAGAAGUUCGCGAAAUAGUGACGGACUACGUGAAGAAGGAAGUAAGUGAUUUUUUCACACUUUUUUUAUCACGAGUUAAUUUUUCUAAUGAUUUGUACCUUCCUCACAUAUUAGUGUCUAUUCAUGAUCUUUUUUGGCUUAUUUUAGGUGUUUUUAAAAAUGGUUCAUUUCUGUGAAA